AUCUAGAAGUCAAGAAAAUGGAGUACCAGAGCCGCGUUGGCCGGAUAGAAGUCACCGUCCCCAACUGCAAUCACCAUUUCCAAGAAGCUUGUUGCUGAUGAUAUCCCUUCACCUCCUCUUGAUCAUCACAGCCAAAUUGUCCAGAGGCUAUAAAUAUCAAAACACUCUCCCACCAUUUCUCCUCACAAACAGCUCCUUAAUUUACAAAAGCAAUCUCGACUCCUCACAGCAAAAAAAGCAACUACAAGAUAUAGAAACACGGUAGCAAGUUUCUAUUUCAUUUUCCAAGAGAAAGAAAAUGGCAGAGAAAGUGAACCAGCAGGUGUACCCCUCGGCACCAACAAAUAAGCAGCCAAGCAAAGACGAAGAAUCAGCCAAUUCACUAUUCGAUCAGGAGCUCCGACAGAAGAAAAGGAUCAAGUUGGGCAUAUAUAUUGCUGUGUUUGUUGUGUUUCAGGUCAUAGUUAUUGUGGCGUUUUCACUUACUGUGAUGCGUGUGAAGACCCCCAAGGUCAGGUUGGGCACGGUCAUGCUGCAAGACGUGAAGACUGGAAACCAAACAUCCCCUUCUUUUGACAUAAGUUUCACGACCCAAGUAAGGAUCAAGAACACGAACUUUGGCCCCUACAAAUACGAGAGCACCAAUGUCACGUUCACUUACCAGGGCGUGACGGUAGGGCAAGUCAGUAUUCCCAAAGGUAAAGCUGGGCUCUGUUCGACUAAAAAAGUUAAUGUUGCUGUGAGUGUGAAUUCAAAUGCCCUGCCAAUUAGCACCACUUCGACUACUCUUGGAAGUGAAUUGGGUGCGGAGGUGUUGACUCUGAACAGCCAUGCAAAACUCAGUGGGAAAGUGGAAUUGAUGUUUGUGAUGAAGAAGAAGAAGGCCACCGAAAUGAACUGCACCAUGCCUAUCGAUUUGUCAACAAAGACUGUCCAAUUGAAUUGCGACUGAACAUAUAUAGCUGUUUAGCAGUUUUCUUCGUUUUAUUUUUUUAUUUCUAGUUUUUGUUGGAUUUGUAGUUUGAGGUUCUCACCCCCCUGCGGGGGUCAGAAUAGAAUAUAUAUAUAUAUUUUAAAUUUAUUAGGUCU